GAAGGUGAUGGUGUCGGAGAAUACUAAAAAUGGGAUGUGUCAAGGCCUUGGUUUUAUCGCCUCCUGCUUGGUUGUGUGUGGGCGUGGCCCGUUCCGCUUUCAUCACACCAUAACAAUACGAUAUAAACAAGAAGCAUAUAGAAAAACACACUCAGUAACGCAACGCAACGCAACGCAAUUAACAAAUUAACAGAGACAUUUUCACAAACACCUGGUAGCUCUAAAAGCACUUCUCUCUAUCUCUCUCUCUGUCUCUCUGGAGUUGCAUUCGCUAAUUGUUACUGUUCCACCAUCAUGCAAGCCAUUCACACACCCACGCUCCGCGUCUCUCCGUUGGACCCACUUCGCAAAUCAACCAAUGCUCCCAUAUCCACGCGCCGCGCAUCGAAGAGGGUGUCCUUCACCGUCUCCGCAGCCGCCGUCUCCCCCAAGGUUUCGGCUCCUCAGAGGCAGAAGGAUCCAAAGAAGCGCGUUGUAAUCACCGGAAUGGGCCUAGCCUCCGUCUUCGGCAACGACGUCGACACUUUCUAUGACAGACUCCUCGCCGGGGAGAGUGGUAUCACCACCAUCGACCGCUUUGAUGCCUCCAAGUUUCCCACCAGGUUCGGCGGCCAGAUCCGUGGGUUCAGCUCUGAAGGCUACAUCGAUGGCAAGAACGAUCGCAGGCUCGAUGAUUGUCUCCGGUACUGCAUUGUCGCCGGUAAGAAGGCUCUCGAGAACGCUGACCUCGGGGGCGAAAAGCUCAACAAGCUUGACAAGGAAAAGGCAGGUGUUCUUGUCGGGUCAGGGAUGGGUGGUCUUACAGUAUUUUCGGAUGGGGUUCAGGCUCUAAUUGAGAAAGGACAUCGCAAAAUAACGCCGUUCUUCAUUCCUUAUGCCAUUACUAACAUGGGUUCUGCUUUGCUUGGAAUUGAUCUUGGUUUCAUGGGUCCAAACUAUUCCAUAUCAACUGCUUGUGCUACCUCCAAUUAUUGCUUUUAUGCUGCUGCAAAUCACAUCCGCAGGGGAGAGGCUGAUUUGAUGAUAGCUGGUGGGACUGAAGCUGCCAUCAUUCCAAUUGGGUUAGGGGGUUUUGUUGCAUGCAGGGCCCUCUCUCAGAGAAAUGAUGACCCUAAAACUGCUUCAAGGCCAUGGGAUAAAGACCGAGAUGGCUUUGUAAUGGGUGAAGGUUCUGGAGUUCUGGUAAUGGAGAGUCUUGAACAUGCCAUGAGGCGAGGUGCGCCUAUUAUUGCUGAAUAUUUGGGAGGUGCUGUUAACUGUGAUGCUUAUCACAUGACUGAUCCAAGAUCUGAUGGGCUUGGUGUUUCUUCAUGCAUUCAGAGCAGCCUUGAAGAUGCUGGUGUCUCCCCUGAGGAGGUCAACUAUAUAAAUUGCCAUGCAACUUCUACUCUUGCUGGUGACUUGGCAGAGAUUAAUGCUAUUAAGAAGAUUUUCAAGAAAACUGAUGGCAUCAAAAUCAAUGCAACAAAGUCUAUGAUCGGGCACUGCCUUGGUGCAGCCGGAGGUUUGGAAGCCAUUGCAACAGUGAAAGCCAUAACAACAGGGUGGCUGCAUCCGUCAAUCAAUCAAUUCAAUCCAGAACCAGCAGUUGAUUUUGAUACAGUUGCCAAUGUCAAGAAGCAGCAUGAAAUUAAUGUUGGCAUUUCAAAUUCAUUUGGAUUUGGUGGACACAACUCUGUGGUGGCAUUUUCUGCUUUCAAGCCCUGAUAGUCUGGUCUGUCACCACAAAUGUAGAACAGGAUUAUAAAUUAAUUGCAAUUUUGUUCUUUCUACAUCAUUGAGGCAACUUCCUUUAUUUGAGUCUUUGAUUCGUGAAAGCUGCAAGGCCUGUAGUUCUUAUAUUUGUGCCAAUUGUGAUUUGAUAGCAUAAAGAACAUUUUGCGUAUAGCUCGAAUAUUUAUUUAGUUUGGAGUACUAUGGUGGAUACAGAAAUUUCUAUAGAGCUUAUCUUCAACAUUCUUCCUUAGUGUCUAUUUCUUUAUUGCAAUAUGGUUUUAUUUGAAUAAAAUGUUUCCCUUCUUUUU